AUGCUGUCACUACUCUCGUCGCCGGUGAGCUCCUCCGGCGUAUCCGCGGUUGCUCUCCGGCCAGGUUUCCAGCAUCGCAUCUCAACUCGCCUCCUGCCAUUGUUCAAUCCACUCGUCUUGCCUCCGAGCCAGCUCAUUUCGCCGAAGAGGAGAGCCACCACCAUCUCUUCAUUCCAAUCGCCAUCGUCUCCGUCUGUCUUCGGUUACCAAAUCCGAGGAUCUAAACCUAGUCUGACACCAUCCACGGUAGCUUUUUACUCUCCGACGUCUCCUUCUUCAAUUCCCGCCGAUAAUGAGGUCGACAAGGCGAAACUCGCUCAGGUUGCAAAGAGAUUGGAGAAGACUUCAAGAUACUUCAAGAGGCUAGGGAGUAUCGGUUUCUGGGGUCAGCUUGUUUCAACCGUUGUAGCGGCUGUGAUUCUAUCCUUCUCCAUCGUUGUAACUGGGGCACCUACUUCACCUGCUACUUUCUAUGCAACCGCAAGCGGAAUCGCCGCUGCGUUUGUCUCGGUUUUCUGGUCGUUUGGCUACAUCCGGCUCUCAGAGAGGCUUCGUCGUACUGCUGGCGACCCUGCCAAGGCACCGCCUCGUGCUGAUGUUGUGAAAGGUUUGAGAAGUGGGAUCAUGGUGAAUCUGCUUGGAAUGGGAGCAGCGCUUCUCGGGAUGCAAGCGACGGUUGGGUUUCUUGUCGCAAAGGCUUUAACGACCUCAGCUAAUCCUUUUUACCAAGGAGUCUCUCAAGGAUAUAGUCCUGUUCUCGCUCUUGAUGUCUUCCUUGUUCAGGCAUCGGCGAACACUUUGCUUUCGCAUUUUCUCGGACUUGUUUGCUCGUUGGAGCUUUUGAGGUCUGUGACAGUGCCGAAUUCGGAAUCUGGUGUAGUUCCUAAGGUUGCUUGA